CGGCGCGGCCCCCGCGGGCCGGGAGGCUGCGGCGACCUUGCGGCUGGCUGCCGGGCGCCCGGCGAGCGCCGCGCCGCCGCGCCAUGGGCACGGUGCCGUCGGCGCUGAAGCACUGCCUCAGCUACCAGCACCUCCUCAAGGAGCAGCUGUGGAUCGGGGAGCCGGCCGCGCCGCCGCCUGCGGCUCCGCACCCCGGGCAGGAAUCUCAAGAAUCUGGACUGCCUGAGUACAUAAAGAUUGUAGAAGUUGGGCCAAGGGAUGGAUUACAAAAUGAAAAGGUGAUAAUCCCAACCGAUAUAAAAAUUGAGUUAAUCAACCGGCUUUCCAAAACAGGCCUGCCUGCAAUAGAAGUGACCAGUUUUGUUUCAUCCAAAUGGGUGCCUCAGAUGGCAGAUCACAAAGAAGUAAUGAGGGGCAUUGAGCGGCAUCCUGGAGUCCAGUAUCCUGUUCUCACACCUAAUCUUCAAGGUUUUCAUUCUGCUAUCGCAGCAGGAGCUACAGAAGUCUCAGUAUUUGGUGCAGCAUCUGAAUCUUUUAGCAAAAUGAAUAUUAAUUGUUCAAUUGAAGAAAGCAUAGGAAAAUUUGAAGAAGUUGCUAAAUCUGCAAGGAAUAUGAAUAUUCCAGUGCGUGGGUAUGUGUCAUGUGCAUUGGGAUGCCCAUACGAAGGAAAAAUCACACCAGCUAAAGUUGCAGAAGUAUCUAAGCGGCUGUACAGUAUGGGCUGCUAUGAAAUCUCUCUGGGGGACACAAUUGGUGUGGGGACUCCUGGAAGUAUGAAAAGAAUGUUGGAAGCUGUUAUGAAAGAAAUUCCUCUGAGUGCUCUUGCUGUUCACUGUCAUGACACAUAUGGCCAGGCAUUAGCCAAUAUCCUCACAGCCAUACAGAUGGGAGUUGCUGUAGUGGAUUCAUCGGUUGCAGGACUGGGUGGUUGUCCCUAUGCAAGAGGUGCUACUGGAAAUGUAGCCACGGAGGAUGUGAUAUACAUGCUUAAUGGUCUGGGUAUCAAUACAGGAGUGAAUCUUUAUACAGUGAUGGAAGCUGGAAACUUCAUCUGUACAGCUUUGAACAAGAAAACAAACUCAAAGGUUGCACAAGCUUCCUUCAAUACUGGAACUAUCAGUUAAAUGGAAUUUUUUUGCAGCUUAAUUACAUUUGUCAUCUGCCUUGACCAAGGACAUUUAUAUCAAGAAAACAAAUACAAGAAAACCAUUUCAGCAAAGAACCAAAAUAGAAUGCAUAUAUAACUUUUUGUUAUGGGAAGAGUUAUUGUACUGUACUGUCUUGUAAAGAAUUGUCUGAUUUGUAAGUAAGAAAUAAAUGACUAGUACAGAACCCUGUGCUUAAUACUUCUACAGAUGAGAAAAAUGUAUAAACACUAGGACAUUUUAGCAUGUUUUGAAUUGAAUUUUAGUUUUUUUCAGGAAAACUGGAUAGAAGCAGCAAAUACAUGGUUAAUUUUUAAUCAAGGUGACUUUUAGAACAGUACAAAUAUUUGCAGUAGUUUAGGAGAUCCCACACUGUGUGUGGCCAUUCUAUUAUGUGUUUUAUUUAUCUGAGUCUUUACUUUUCAUUUGUCAAGUCAGUUGUGUUAUGAACAUGGAGCCAAAUCUGAAUUCACCAUAAGAAUUUUUUAGCAAUAGCACUUUUUAAUUUCUGUUGUGUUUAACAUCUGUUAAGUUAUGGAUGACUUUAUCUUGUUCCAAAACCUUGUGGUGAAUGGCAGUCUGCCAGAUCCUCCAAAUCUAAUGUAGAUUUCCUUAUUUGUUGCAUAUGUUAAAUGUGUUGUAGUUGCUUUUUUUUUUUCAACUGUAUUAAAACCUAAUUAUAUGAAGCAAUUAAAAAUUGGCAAGGUUUUCAACCAUCAUUCAGGGUGGUAGUAGUGUAGAACGGGCUAAAUUUUUGUCCAAGGUCUCAUCAAACAAUUUGAUUUUUUAUUCUACAGUCUAUGAACUGACAUUCUCACUUAGAAGUCACGAGUUUUUGAGGAUAAUAAUAUUCUGCUGGACUAGCUUACAUGAAGGGAACCACUUACAACUUUUCUCUGUGCUCUACUGAUAGUGAUACUGUUCUUUUAAAUGUCUUAGUUCAGCAAGAUGCCAGUGAACUGCACUGUCAUUUUUAGAUCAAUAAUGGACAAAUUCAAAGAAGAGCCUUAUCCUAUCUAAAAACUGUUCAAAUCUGCCAUGAAAAUAUUGUCAUUUUUUCAGUCUGAAACGUCAGUACUGUUAUUGGUUGGUUGUGUAGGAUCCUUCUGUAAUUCCCUGUGUACGUAACCUUGAUCUAUAUUUUUUCUGAACAUAGCCUGUUAACAUGAAAAUCUAAAAUCCGUGACUAUGAUCUUUUUCCAUAUUCUCCAUUUUCCUCCAAAAUAUGAAAGGUUGGGAAAAGGUAAGAUGAAAGAAAGUGAAAGAUAACAUGUAAAGAAUGAAAAGGCUGAAUCAUUUUUGUCUGGAGCUCAACUCUGCCAAGUUACAGCUGAGUCUCAGUUUGCCUUUGAAAUUCUGAAGUGAACUUUUUCUAAGAUCUUUUAGCCAGUAUUGUAGUUUAGAAUUGUUCAGAGCUUAAGAAAGUCAAAGUUUGCAUGCCAGGUAUCUCAAAGCUAUAAAUCUGAUAUAAAACCUCUAUCCUGUUUAUGCUGUAAUGACAGUCAAAGCUAAUAUAAACUACAUUGUUUCACUCUUCUCAUGGUGUCAAAGAAUACACAAAGAAAUGCAUUCAGGUGAGGCGGAAA